AUGGUAUUCCGGAACCCUUAUCAGGCGAAGGAAAAGAGGUCCGUUCCGUCUUGGCAGGUCGUACAGGGCCGCAUCGAGGAGGUGACCAUCUUCAGCGACGCGCUUUUCCCGGACGUGAUCUCUGAGUCCAUGAAUGUCUUGAAAGGUGUGGAAUACGGCAAGAGCAGCGUCAGCGCUGUGUUGGCAAUGCUGCGGAUGGAGUUUGAUGAGCCAGGACCGCUCAAGACCUUGGACUCUCUUUCGCAGUUCAUGGUGUCCAGUAUUGAGGAAUGA